AAUUUGAAUACUGUGUAUCUUAUUUUGCUUUCUUUUCAACGCUCAUUAAAUCCUAAGGGAAUGCCCGCGUUCGUGCAAUCAGCGCCCUUAAGAGACUUCCCAUUCCGCAGACGACAUCCAAUAAAAUCAUUAAGUCGGUCAAUAUAGGACCAGAUGGAGUCAACAAGGAGUCGUUGUUACUUGACAAGUUGUUCGUAAGAUUGACAGGUGUUGCAAGAGCAUAUAUUUAAGAAGAAAAAAAAUGAACGAGGAACUGUCAGUAUAAAUGGAACAUCAAAACCCGCUAAUCUGCACAGGGUUCCAACACUUCUUCCUGAAACGCCAAGACGCAACAGCUGUGUCUCCUGACAAUGUCUCGCCUGGUGCUCCUCGUGAUGGCGCUGACGGCGGUGCCUCGAGCGACGCCCUUUACGUGCCCCAGCAGCGGCAUCUUCUGCUCCAGUUGCACCUCCAUCUCCAUGUGCAGCGGACCUGGAACCGAGGGCUUAGAAGUCAGCUGUAAAGAUAAUCAGCUAUGCGGAGUCUCGGGCAACUUCUCCUCCUGCUACGAGAAGAGCGCUCCCGAAGCCGGUUCCUGCGCGUGUCAAGUCAGCGAGGGCUUCCUGGCCGACCCCUACGACCCGCGGAAGUUCGUGAUGUGCUUACCCGACGGGAGCCAAGUCUCCUCCUCGUGCUCGGGCGAAGGCGAGGUGUUUGACGCCGUCGGGAAUUCGUGCGGCUUGCCAACGACCACCACGACCCGCGAGCCCAUCGUGUGUGACGACAUCGGAUACUUCAAGCUGACGUGCACCUCCUUCUACGCGUGCCCGGCGACUGGCGAGCCGGCGCGAGUGUUCGAAUGCGGCGCUGGCGAGCUCUACGACGAAGGCGCUGCGAAGUGCGUGCCGGCGGAGGACCUUCGGCCUCGUCCUUUCGUAUGCGGCUGUGACGACGGGGCAUUUCCGGACACGAUCGACUGCAGCCAUUUCCACAUCUGCGCCUCAGGGAGCGCGGUGGGAGAGCCGUUGUCAUGUCCCGAGGGCCACGUGUUCAACAGCGAGCGUGGCUUCUGCGUCGAGGGAGAGUGCUCGGCGAACGAGUGUCUGGAGGCUGCUCGGAUCUGGCGCCCUUCUGAGGAACCCCAGUGAUGCGUGUCGAAAGUCUCUUCGUUUUGGCUGUGUUGCCACGGAGGAAGACGCAAGAGAGGAAAGGGGAAGCGCCAACGGGGGCAGAAAAUUCAUUGGGUUUUGUCUAACAUCAAGGAGUGAGAGAUAGGAAAGAAUUGGGAUAUUUCAUCACUGCCUAAAUGAAGUAAAAUUGGAAUACUGACCGAAUAAACUAAAGUUACCAGCA